UGCCAGUGUAUUAAAGACUUCGACUAUUCGAAGAUAUUUAUAUGCUUUUUUCCUUAUUUAUAAAAUAAAAAAAAACACGAAUGAAAGACAGCAGCAAAAUGUUCAUAGAGAUUCAGCAUUCCAAUCAGUACAAUGGCAAUAACCUUUGGUGGGUCCGGUUUGGUGGCUGGUCUAGCCUGUUCUGCAGCCGGUUGAGGUUCAGGUUCAGUUGCAGGGUUCUUUUAGCUUGGCUUCUUGCUGCCAGUGGCAAGGAUGCACCAAUUCAGUUGCCAAUUGCCAGUUGGCCAGAAAAGUUCGUUGCAGAAAUGAGAUACAUUUGCUUGCUGUCAUUGCUGGGCCUCACCCUGGCCACGCCCAGUCUGCGCAGCGCCUCGGAGCCAGCCAAGAUUCUGGAGUCUCUAAGCAAUUUGCGACAGAACAGCUUCCUCGACUGGAUCGUGUCCAUAAUAGGCCCAGAGUACGCAGCAACUAGUGUGCCCGCCAAGCGGGAGUGUCCAGCCUGUGCUUGCGGCAACAUCAAUACGCGUCAUCGCAUCGUUGGUGGCCAGGAGACAGAGGUGCACGAAUAUCCCUGGAUGGCCAUGCUCAUGUGGUUUGGCAGCUUCUAUUGUGGAGCCUCUCUGGUUAACGACCAGUACGCCGUGACGGCGGCACAUUGCGUCAAUGGCUUCUACCAUCGCCUGAUCACUGUGCGCCUCUUAGAGCACAAUCGCCAGGACAGCAACGUCAAAAUUGUGGACAGGCGUGUGGCUCGCGUCCUUGUGCACCCCAGCUAUAGCACACAGAACUUCGACAGCGACAUUGCCCUGAUUCGCUUCAAUGAGCCAGUGCGUCUUGGUAUUGACAUGCAUCCCGUUUGCCUGCCGACGCCCACGGAAACGUUUGCUGGCCAAACAGCCGUGGUAACGGGUUGGGGUGCGCUCAGUGAGGGAGGACCCAUAUCCGAUACCCUGCAGGAGGUGGAGGUGCCUAUACUGUCACAGCAAGAGUGCCGCGACACCAACUAUGGAACAGCCAAGAUAACCGACAACAUGAUUUGUGCCGGUUACGUGGAGCAGGGCGGCAAGGACUCCUGCCAGGGCGACAGCGGUGGACCGAUGCAUGUCAUUGGCGCCAGGCAAACCUAUCAACUGGCGGGCAUUGUGUCAUGGGGCGAGGGCUGCGCCAAGCCGCGAUCACCCGGAGUUUACACGCGCGUAAGCAACUUCAACGAAUGGAUUGAAGCAAACACUCGCGAUUCAUGCGCCUGCAGCCAGGAUAAUGAAGCGGCUACACCUGAAGCUGUCAACAGCACUACACAGCAACCAGAGAUGGCCACAGCUGAGACCAGUCAAGGUCCAGAAGUGCCCGAAGCCGAUGUUCUUUCUUAAAAUUUGAUUUAGAAGAAAAUGUUUUUCGAAUAAAGGCAACGUCCACAAUAAUAUGUUUGAGAACCUUCCUUUUGUAACGUAGAAACUCAUAAACACACUUUUCUAUCCAUUUGCAAUACUAUUAAAUACCGUUUUUAAACGACUGUCCAACACUGUCUUUUGACAUCUCAAUGGAUUCAUAAGUAUAAUUUCGUCGCUGCACUGCCUAUUCCCAUUUAAGAACUUGACUGGGCGAUACAGGAAUUAUCAUGGAUUCCCGCACUAAAGUUAUUUUUAAGAUUGAUGAAUAUAUACAAAAAUAUAAGAAACAAUAUAAAAAAAAUUGCAAAGUCCUUACGCUAGAGCCUAAAGUAAUUGGUUGCUUCAGCGUGAGCAGCGAACGCUUCUAUAGUUCCGAUACAAAUGAACUGAAGUUUCUUGUAAUACCUGGCCCGGGACUUUUUCCCUUGAAUCUUAAUAGGCAACUAGUUUCACCUGAUGAGCACCAGCAUCAUGCUGAGUAUUUAGAUAAUAUGUUGUACUUUAUCAGAGACCAUCCCGAUAAAAUGGUCAAAAUGUCUUCGGGUCUUGGUUCUGUAGUGCAGGCGGAUAUUGUUACUCAGCAUGAACUGUUGCAAACCCUGAUGCGUACGCCC